AUGAAAUGUGGUUUGGAUACAAACCAUCAGUGUCACACUUUAAGAUAUUUGGUUGUGUGUUAUGCCAAAGUUCCAGAUGAAAAGAGAGCAAAGUUUGAUGCCAAGGUAAUUGUGGCUGUGAUGAUUGGGUAUAGUGAAGUGACAAAGGGCUAUAGACUCUAUAAUAUUGAGUCCAGGAAGAUAUUUAUCAGUAGAGAUGUUAAUGUUGAAGAAGGGUAUUUUUGGAAUUGGAAAAAUGCUACUGUUCAAGGUUUGAGGAAUGAAGGUGGAACUGAUGAACAACAGCUUCAGAAACAAGUUGAUGAUGAUUCAGAUAUUGAAGAUGAGUCCAAAGCUAUAAGGGGAACUAAGACUCUAGAGGAAAUCUAUAGCAAGUGUAAUUUAGCCAUGACAAAACCAGCUAACUACAUGGAAGCUAGUGUUGAUAGCAACUGGAAAUGUGUUUGGAUGUUGAGUUCUGAGACUAGUAGUGAAGGGCUUUGCACAGAUCUAUGGGAUAGACUAUCUGGAGACAUUUGCUCCAGUGGCAGGCAUGAUACAAUCAGGUUGCUAGCAGCCUUGUCUGUAAGAGAAGGAUGGAAAAUUUAUCAAUUAGAUAUAAAGUCUAGUUUCUUAAAUGGCUACUUGAAGGAAGACAUUUACGUAGAGCAACCAGAAGGUUAUGUGGAAAAAGGGUCUGAAAAUAAAGUAAAUGAGUCUGCUGAGCGUAUAGUUGCCUUGUAUGUUGAUGAUUUGCUUGUAAUUGGUCCUAAAUCUAAAUGUUUGGCUGAAUUCAAGUCUCAGAUGUUGAAAGUCUUUGAAAUGACUGACUUAGGACUAAUGUUCUAUUUUCUUGGGAUGGAAUUUAUUCAGUUUUCAAGCUGCAUUAUGAUUCAUCAAACAAAGUAUGUUCAUGAUUUGCUAAAGAAGUUUCAGAUGGAUCAGUGUAAGUCUGUUAAGACUCCAUUGGCUGCAAGAAGCAAGUUUUGCAAUCAAGAUGAGUCAUCAGGGGCUGAUGAAAGGCUGUACAGGAAUAUCAUUGGAUCUUUAUUGUAUCUUGCUGCAACCAGACUAAAUUUGAUGUAUGUAACGAGUCUCUUAUCUAGUUAUAUGCAAGAUCCAAAAGCAAUUCAUCUUAUUGUUGCUAAACGAAUCCUUAGGUAUGUAAAAGGUACUGUAGAUUUUGGUGCGAAGUAUUUGAAGACUGAAAGCAAAGAACUUCAAGGUUUCUUAGACAAUGAUUGGGCAGGUUCUUGUGAUGACUUGAAGAGUACAAGUGGCUAUUGUUUUUCUUUUGGAAGUGGGAUAGAACUUGAAUACUGUCAUCCCAAGGAGCAACUGGCUGAUGUCUUCACCAAGGGAUUAAGUGUAGAUCGUUUUGAGCUUCUGAUGGACAAAUUGCAAGUUUACUCAGCUAGAAUCAAAGAGAUUCUAGCGAUUUCAGUAUUUUAUCUCCACUCCUUAGCUAAGUUGAAGGCUCGGGGACUCUUCCCGCUAUAUGAUUCCAUUAAGGUGAUAACUGGAAGAGAUGUUGAGUUCCAACCUCAAUAG